AUGCCUAUUGACUACGAAAUGGUCGAACCAAGAGUCUACGACCUCCUCGAAGGCCAGCAGCCAGACUUCGACAACGGCGAGCUUGAAGAAGCGCAUGCUCUGGCCAAAACGGAGCUCAUCAGGAACAACUCGAUCCCAUUCAAGUACUGGCUCGAGCAGCCAUGUCCUUCAUGUCGCAAUACCGAGGGCCAGACUGCGCCUUGCGUGACGAUCCGGCGCGGCCUCCACGAGUUCAUGAUGGAGACGAGUCCGGAUUAUGCAGCCCGGAAAGAACUGAUGCUCGACCUGGGAUUUGUGGCUACGGGAGGGAGUUCGGCGUCUCAAUGUCUUAGGAUCGGACACUUGAGCGCUGGCAAAGUGCCGGCGCGCGCUUGGGCUGUGGAGAGCUUUGUCAAGACAGUCCCGUCCGGCAACACGGAAUCUGAUGAAGCCUUCCAAAAGGCCACAAACUGGUUCCGUGAGUGUCAAGCUACACAUGCUCAUUGCUCCGUCGGAGAGGCACCAGAGAUGCCUGACCGGGUUCUGGACAUUGCUGCUGAAGACAACGCAUCUGGUGUGAGGUUGGUCCACACACAUGGUAGAAAGGCGAGAUAUGCUUGUCUGAGCCAUCGUUGGGGCACGGAUACCUCCAAGGCCCUGAAGCAAAACAUCAACUCCUUGUGCGACGAAGUAUCAUGGGACUACCUCUCCCCUACAUACCAAGACUCCAUUACCUUUUUGAGAAAGUUUUCGAACUGGCAUCAACAGGAGUACGGUGAAGAGAUACGGUAUAUAUGGAUAGACAGUCUGUGUAUCAUCCAAGAUUCCAAGAGCGACUGGAAGAAGCAUUCGCUCAAGAUGAGCGACAUCUACUCCAACUCAUCCCUUACCUUGGUGGAGAGCCACGGGCUACACACAGAGAAGAGGCUGUUCCAGGACUCUACUUCAAGGAAUCCUUCGAAGCAUGUCACGGUCCGAGACGCACAAGGCAAGGACCACGAGCUGCAUUACCGACACACAAUCUGCCAUCCCACCUUCAUGGUUGCAGACGACAACGUCCCCGUCUGGAAACGAGCAUGGGUCUUCCAAGAGCGCCUCUUGUCCCAUCGCCUCCUCGUCUUCGGAGCCGACGAGCUCUCAUGGCAAUGCACCGGCCACCACAAGUGCGAAUGCGGCCUCGACGAGCUUCACACGCAGACACAUGGGCUCUUGAGAAAAUGGGGACACGGCAUCCACAUUCCGCUGCAUUCGACAAAUAGCAGACGGGACAUGUAUGAGGCACUGGGCGAUGAUCCGUCCCACAAGCAGCUGCGGCAGGCGUGGCGGCUCGUGGUAGAGGCAUAUUCUCGGCUUGACUACACAUAUCGCAGCGAUACCCUGUUUGCGAUUGCCGGUCUUGCGAAGAACUUUAACGCAAGGAUGGGCGGCAAGAGUUAUUUUGCAGGGAUCUGGUACGACGAGCUGAAAGAGAACGAAGCUGAAGCAAAUGGGGAGCCCCAGGCCGAAACGGCCCUGGAUCUGUUAUGGCGGCUCGCGUACUUCAAAGACGCCCAAAGAGGGAAUCUUCCUGCGCCUGCUGUUCCGAUCUCAUGGAUCUGGGCAUCGCCCGAGUGCCCCAUCAUCUACCCCUUUGCCAACGACCAAGUGCUCAACCAGUACACCCUGGUAGCAUCCAUAGGCGGCGCAGCCAACGUCCCCAAACUGCCCGACGACCACGAGAAGCCGAGAGAAUGGGUCAAGGACGACAUGUACACGGAAGUGCCCCCCUCGGCGAUUGCUCUCGCGGGACCUCUCUGGAAGACGGAGCUUGCAGCGGCGCCGUUUUCGUUUACGAUUGACAAUACCGAGUAUGCCGAGUACACGUACUUUCUGGGCGCAAUGUCGGUCGAGGUGUUCAAGGAAAGUGCUGUCGGGAGCACGAUCCAGCAGAGGAGGCUCCUCGUGACACCUCCCAAGGAGGGGGAUGAGAGCGCCGAAUCUGCGAUGAAGAAGAUGCCGCCGCUGGUGUUUUACCCGGACAGCAUGAAUACGAUGAUUACCGAGUCGCUGUAUUGUCUUCCCAUGGCGAGCUUUAAGCGCCUCCCGAUCAAGUCGACGGUAAAGGAGAAGGCGGUGCUUGCUGCGCUGGUGCUGGAACCGGUGGGACACAAGGCGAAUGCUGAGGGAUAUGACCCCGAUCUGUCGCAUAGAGAUGCUUCGGAGCUGGUCUUUCAGAGGGUGGGACUGGCGUAUACGGCGGAUGGGGGGUGGAUGGAUGAGCAUGACAGGAUGUUGGAGAAGCUGCCUACGAACAUUGUGUACUUGGUUCAAUGA